AUAACUUCUGGAAUGGUGAUCAGUACUUUCGUGUCUGCCCCCAUCAUGUAUGUUUCCGCGUGGCUACUGACCAUUCCCUCUAUGGAUCCAGACAGACUCUCAGCAGCAAUUCAGAAUGUUAGUUUUGAUAUUAGCAUUGUUAGUCUGGUCUCUCUGAUCUGGUCCCUCGGGGUUAUUCUCUUGAGUAAAAAAUACAAGCAGCUUCCUCAUAUGCUUACAACCAACUUACUCAUUGCUCAGGCCUUUUAGCUCUUUCUCUCCUCCUUUUGAAAAGAAGGGAAAACCUAAAGAUUCCUGUUGGAAUUAUUACUAUAGCCGGCUGGGGCAUUCCAGUAGUCAUUGUUGGAAUUCUUCUAGUAGCUGGAAAACACACUGGUGAAAUUGACUCAGCAUUUUUUUAUGGUAAACAUCAGGUGAUCACUACUGCAGUAAUCGUAACAAUCAGCAUAUUGUUCUCAGGUGUGUCUCUCAUGUGUAUGAACCGAUCUGGAACAGCAGGGACUAAUUAUGAGGUUCUAAACCAGCAAAUUCAACAUCAAGUAGAAGAAACCGAAAGGGAAGCGAAUCAACAUUAUAAAUCUUCCCCCAGUGUCUCUCAUUCUGAAACAGAUUCUACCAUCGAAAGAGAGAACCUAGUAGAUUUCUACACAUGUCAAAAACAAAAUGGAGAAUUAUGCUGCUCAGAAGAAGAAUCCGCAUCUACUGCUGGACUCAGUGAGAACUGUUCUUUCUCAGUUGAGACAGCAAACCAGUGUUUGAGUCCAUGCAGUUCUCAGAGGUGUGUCCUGGCUCAGGAAGAACAGCUUCUGCAAACAGGAGACCAACAGUUGGCCAGACAUGUCCUAUUGUGCCUGCUUCUCAUUGUGGGCCUUUUUGCUAACCUAUCAAGUUGCUUGUGGUGGUUAUUUAACCAAGAGCCUGGGAGACUCUAUGUGGAACUGCAGUUCUUCUGUGCUGUAUUUAAUUUUGGUCAGGGAUUCAUUUCUUUUGGAAUGUUUGGGUUAGACAAACAUCUAAUUAUUCUUCCAUUCAAAAGGAGGCUUGAAUUCCUUUGGGGUGCUAGAACUGUGGAACCGAGGGAAUCAUCUGUCCCGGAGGAGAUUCGGAUGACAUGCCAACAGUUUGUUAGUUACCACAGAGACGUGUGUGUGAGAAGCAUUGUCCAGGAUAGAAGGUGUGGCAGAAAGACUGUGACUGGACUCUUCUUCGGCUGUGAUCUGGUGAACUGGCUUUUGGAAGUUGGCCUUGCCUCGGACCGUGGGGAAGCUGUAGUGUAUGGAGAGAGGCUGGUGAAAGGCGGCAUCAUCCAACAUAUUACCAAUGACUUUGAAUUUCGGGAUGAGCGGUUGUAUUACCAUUUUACAGCUACGACAACCGUAAUACAGGACAACCGAGGGACUGAAGGCGCCCAUGGAAGCUAGCCAAGACCAGGCCCUCCUAUUCGUAUCUAAUGCACGCUGUUUGAAAUCCCUUUGCUUAUAAUGUGGCCAUGUUGAUCUCUAACCCAAAGAGAAUUAUGUCUUGCAAUCUGAAUGUUAACUAAAAUGAGUAGCUUCAGGGAAUUAUUUCAAAUUGUGAAAGGCGCGUAACAGGCCUUGUACUCAAUUUUAUUUUUUGAAACAAUUGGUUUUUCUUUUUUAAAGAAAUAAUUUUCCAUCCUUGCCAGUACAGACAAUACUGUGGACAAAACAACUCAUUGUUAUCAUGUGAUGUGUUUUUUUUAAGGGAACAGUAGAUCAUUUUGGUGUACGCAAUUCUUAUUCUUGUUUAAUGGCAAAAUUCUCUUAUUUGUACUGAUAAAAGAUUGAUGUGUAAAAGGAGAAAUCAGCAAAUGAAUUUUGCUGUCUAUCCUGAUUCCUAUAUGAAUAAGCCAGUUUUGAUUUUUAAAGCAUAUAAAUCUCUGUUUAUCAGUCUGUUUAAAUCUAAAUGAGAUUUAAAGCAUCAUAAUUGUGAGCAGGACUUCUUGUUCAGGCAUAAUUUGUUUCAUAAUUUUUCCCCUUGGUUCAUUGAUAAGUAAUUGGCAUGACUGCCAAAAAUGGACCAAUUUAUUUCACAGACUGCAACCAGUUGGAGUCUGUAGAUGCCAUAUUUAUUUUGUACUUAAUACCAAAUUACUAUUUUUUAAAAUGUCAAAUUGUACUUGAGUACUCUUGAUAUGCAAAUUAAAGAACUUGAAUUGA